AGACCGGGGUGCUGAAGCAGCAGGGUACAUUUCCAGGCAUGAAUCCCUACAGCGCCCAUCGGAGCGUUUUGAAGGCGGCGCUCUGUUUUUUCUAAAUCGGGGAGGGGAGGGCGGUAUGACAAGACGGGCAGGAGCACCCUCAAACCUUCAUUCCUCAUGUAUGCCCCCCAGCCCUUCAUAAUCGGAAGCAAAGGAACCGUGUUGCUCACUAGGUCCACAGUCCUUGUUUCCCACACGGACAGGAUUUCGAGUGGAGCUCAAGAUGGCUGCGCACGGUGUUGUAAGCAGGGAGGUCAGUCGCCUUUAAUUGUCCCGGCUCCGGGUAAUAAUACGGUAUAUACUUUCGUUAAUAAAAACAGUAUACACUGUUCAGCUAGUCAGGCCGUGACACAGCCCACGGUUUGGGUGGGUCUUCUUCUUCUUCACCUCCUCGCCCCCCCGAGCUCGCCAUGCGCCUGUCCCUGCGGACUCUGAUCUCCCACGGCCGCUAUGGGCGGCGCAUGGGGCUCGGACCCGAGUCCCGCAUCAACAUGCUGAGGAACAUCCUGACCGGCCUGGUCCGACACGAGCGCAUCGAGACCACCUGGGCGAGGGCCGACGAGGUGCGGAUAUACGCCGAGAAGCUGAUUGACUUCGCCAAGAGAGGAGACACUGAUGAGAAGGCAAUGAAAAUGGCCGACUUCUGGCUAACGGAGAAGGACCUGGUCCCCAAACUCUUCCAGGUGUUGGUACCCCGUUUCCAGGGACAGGAUAGCCACUAUACUCGUAUGUUCCAGAUCCCCAACCGCCAGAACCUGGACCGGGCCAAGAUGGCGGUGCUGGAGUACAAGGGUAACCCCUACCCUCCUCUGAUCACGCGGCGGCCGGACAGUGAGCACACGCUGCUGAACGUGCUUCUCCGCGGGUAUCGGGAGGAGAGGGACCAGGGUGGGGCCAGCACCUCCCCCUGAGGCCCCAGGCUGGGCCGGGUCACUGGGGCCCAGUCGCCCUGAGGCCUCAGGGCUGCUCUGGACUGGGCCGGGUCACUGGGGUCCAGUUACAGUGUUUGAUUCUGUGGCAGCCCGGCUCUUUCCUGCCUGUGUUCUCACUGACGCAGAUCUCCGCCUUCCGGAAUGCCGGGAGUCUGGGAGCGCAGGAGCUCGGACACAAGCACACACGGACACUGGGGGGCACUGCCGCAGGGGGGCACGGGGCUGCUCCACGGCCUGAGGGUUUCAGUGGGAUACAAGACGUUGAAAUAAAGACGGCUGUGGUUCA